CAACAGAGAGCUAUGGAGCGAGGCAGAGAGUGGAACACGGAGAGAGGAAGAGGAGUGUGAUUACAAAUGGAAGAGAGGCUGAGAGUGCUACUCAGCAGCAAACACAGGGUGAAAAAGUUCAGAUCCUGGAAGGACGACACGAAGCCAGACAGGUGUGUGUGUGUGUGGAGCGUCUGUGAACAUGGAUGGACAUGCUUUGUGAAGAUGGAAGCACAGAGGGACGGGUGGAUGGAGGCACAUGUGAAUCGUGACGACCUUGGACCUAACUAUCUGCACUGCUUGCCAAGAGACUGGAGUCUGUGUCACAUGAUCAGAACACCUCCUCAGCUUCUGCAGAAGGGCAUGCAGUGCCAGUGUGAGUGACGGGCAGCGUGAGCCAAUGAGCUUCACACCGAACCCAGCUCUUGUCCCAGACAGGGACAACCUCCCACUCAAAAAGAGGGACCAAAGACGGAGCUCACCACCACCACAGCAGCUGCAGCAGCAGCAGCAGUGUGAUGCUGUGACAUUCAAGGCUCCCUAUCCUUAUAAAAGCCACAGCGAGUUUAAGACAAAGCACACGGGCCCCUUCCAGCCCGUACCCAAACGUGUUCCUGCACUGUACCAGCCAUGGAUGCAGACAUCCACCAGGUCCAAACCUCAGGUCCUCUCUGCUUUCAGGGAGCAUCACGGCUGCGCAGAGUGGAGAGACUUCAACCCCCUGCACCUCGGCUGGGACUUUUCUCACCACUAUCAGCACCACAGCCACUUCUCUGGCACACCUGCUUUCCACCCAGGCCACCCACUUCACCGCUCCAGAUUCAGCCCCGUCUCCCUGGUCAAUGAGGGUUUCCAAAGGGUGGGUGGAGGCUACGGCUGGGAGCAGCUCAAAACGUUAAGUGACAAGAGUUUAAACACAGAGCGGGAGAGCAAUGAGAGGAAUAAAGGGCCAUAUGUGAGGAGGAGAGACAGAAAGGUUGAGUAUUUUCCCAGGGUUGAAAAAGCACGUCCUGCAUCAUUGACAUGCCUAUCUCACUGUCCACAUGGGGACCUUACACUGCAACACGAUGUGCAGCACAAAUUGGCAAAGGCUGUCAAAAACCCUGUUUCUGGACAUUCCUACAUAAGAUUUCCCCCUGACAAUAAGUCAAGAAACACGUACACCUCCAUGAAGGAGGACUCAUCAGGAUCUUCUGAUCUCAUCUCUUCUGAGCAGGCAUCUUCCUCCUCAUCCUCCCCCAACCAUUUUCCCUGGCUGCUCCCUCACUUUGUGGCAGGCUCUCUGAUCGAGCUCAGGGACGGGCGGCUGAGGAGGGUGGAGCACCUGCAGACGGAGGACUUCAUGCUGGGAUCACUGGCCUGUCCAGACCUGCACCUGAGCUGCUGCACGGUGCAAAGCAUCUCCCCCUCAGCUAUGUCCUCCAUCUCACGUCUCCUCAUCCUGCUUCAUGACCAGCAGACCCAGGAGCUGGUGGAUGUCUACAUGGAGUACCCGUUCUUUGUGCGUGGGCGGGGCUGGUCCUCCUGCAGCCCUCAGAGGACCGCACGUCUCUGUGGCCUGCAGUGCCGCCAGCUCAGCGUGGGGGACGUCUGCCUGGCCCUCACCCCUGUCUCGGCCCCCCGGUCUCCGCCGUCAGCCACCCCGGAGCCAAUGACCUCCCCCAGGAAGUCAGAGGAAGGGUGUGAGUCCCUAAAGGCCCCACAACCCAACGCUCCCCCAGGUUCAGAGCGGCCAGCGGGGGAGCAGAAGAAGGAGGUAGAGGGGGUCCGGAGGAGACACUACUCAGCCCCUGAGUUGAGAGGUCCAGGGACUAACUGCAUGUAGUGAGGAGGGUCGCUGUUUUACGGACAGGAAACAAAUCGAUCUCUUUUAAUCUUUGCUGUAUUCAGCCAAUAUUUGCUGUCUUUCUACCUCCUGAAUCAUAUUUCUGUGCUUGACUGUGGUUUUUAAUUGUGUCUAAGGAGUAAAAGCUUAAGAAGAAUGAUAAGAUUAACUCUCAGGAUCCCCCAGAGAUAAACUUGCAUUAGGAUAUUCGUCAAGGUAAGCCAGGGAUCAAACACUGACUAUAAGAAUUGAGUUAAACGUUACACUUCCUGCAAGCCUGAUCAGAGUCCAUCAUGAUGCAGAAUUCAGAUGUUAUUCACGAGAGACCUCAGUCAACUUAAAAGAUUUUUCUGAGAAACAAAGUGCACGUCUUAGCUGCCGUGGGGAGCUGCUUCAGUGAAUUUGAGAAAGAUUUUGUAGGUUCAAAGAAUAUUUUCACUUUGGGUUUUAAAGUGAAAGCUCAUAUUAUUUCUAGCAGCUCUGACAAAAUCGGCCCACGUUCCCCGAAAAGCACAAAAAAAACCUCCCUCAGGUCCUUCACAGCUGAUCAUAUUGUUUCAAGCUUCUCUCUCUUCUGCCUAAUAUUAUGGAAGACUUCUUUAUGAUCAUAAACCACAGAUCUUGUUCCAAAUCGCUGGAUAUCCUUAUUAAUGCCAGGAACUUGUCUGAUAAAACAGUCCUCCGUUUGACAGUGAAUUUUUACAUUGACAUCACUUUUUUCAGUAGGAUUUAGUUUUACGCUUCUACCUCUAUUUUCUAUUUAAGGUGACAGAUACGUUUGUGUUUUUAACUGUGUGGGCUGUGUUGUGGUAUGCUAUGCUGGAAGCUCUCAGCUUCUCUGUGAAUGUCAGUGUGAAUGCCUUUAUUUGCCUGGUUGUCACAUAUAACGUAUAACAUGCUUUGCUUUUGUACCGGCGCUCCUCGUUUACAUGUCUGUCCCGUUGUUAAGAGUGGACAUGCUCCUGCUAUUUGAAAGUACUUUAAAAGCACAUUCCCUGAUCGGUGUACAGCACUGCAAUGUGAUUUCCUCCCAGGUCUACACAGUACACAUUUAGACAAACUUGAAAAUUUAAAUCCGGACCACGGGGACUCAAACAUGAUGCCACAAUUAGGGCAGACAAGGUGCUGCAAACACAGAUCGAGUCUUGAACCAGCAAAAUGGUUUUCUCACUUUUCAAUAAAUUCAU